AACGACGUAUCUGUCCUCUCUCCUCCUCCUCCUCAUCCCCUCCUCUCUGCUGUCACAUCUGGAUCUAGCUCCUCUCAUCAGCACCACUCUGCACGGUGAGCGAAGGAGAGAGAGAGAGAGAGGGAGAGAGCAUAGCUCUGUCGGUGCAGCCUCAUCCUCCACAACCGAGGAGAAUCAAGGAGAGGAGAGCGGACAGGAAGGACAGCAGCUCACCUUCUUAUCCGCACUCACCGAUUACUUGCAUCUCCUCUGUCACUCCAGCUGCCUCUUUUUUCUUUUUUCUCUUCUUCUCAUUCUUUCCUCCUCUUGCAUUCUGGUAUGAUGAGCUCCAGUCUGCUCGACAACCCCGUGCAGGCGAUUCUGUACCUGCGGGAGCUCACCACCAUCGUCCAGAACCAGCAGAGUCUCAUCCAGACCCAGCGCUCCCGGAUAGAAGAGCUGGACCGGCGGGUGGACGAGCUCAUCGGCGAGAACCGGCACCUGCGGGAUGUCAGGGUCCAGCAUCAGCAGCAUCCUUAUCUUCAUCACCACCACCAUCAUCAUCAACAACAAGCUGACCCCGGCUGUCUUCACCUCCUCCACCACCACCACCACCGUCCUCAUCCUCAUCCACAGGAGCCUCAGCUCCACACUGGCUCUUUGCCAGAGCAUGCAGUUGCACCAGCACCGGUCGAGGCCACUCCGGGGGGCCAGUCUUCGCCUUCGCAACCAAUGGACCCGGGGGACAUGCAGCUGGUGCCGGCCGAUCCGUCCACGGUUUCACCGAUCGAAAGUGACCCAGAGAACGACGGCGGAAGUUACUCCAGCUGCCGCUCUUUGAUGCAGAUGACCCCCACAACCCUCUGUCGAUCUCUGGCCCUGGCAAGAAAAUCUGAAAGUGAGAUCGUGCUGCAUCAGUUCUGCUGCCCCGCCCCUGAACAUCCAGAGGCCGACACCACCUGCUCAUCUGGUGGACAGAUGCUGAGCCUGGAGGAUGGAACCUCCUCUGGCAGUGGACAGGAAGUGGAGGGACCCAAGAGGGAGGGACCCAGCGAGUAUGAAAUUACCCUGGAGAAUAAGAAUAAACAGAUAGAAGAGUUGGAGCAGAAGUAUGGAGGACAUCUCAUAGCAAGGCGGGCAGCCCGUCGUAUCCAGACGGCCUUCCGUCAGUAUCAGCUCAGCAAAAACUUCCAGAAGAUCCGCAACUCGCUGUCUGAGAGCAAGCUGCCCCGGCGGAUCUCCCUGCGCCAUCCCAGCCCUUCAGACCGAAACCGGAAUACAGCCCAGAGACACAGUUACAGUCUGCAUCCAGGAGGGGGACAAAUACCUCUGCGCUCCAAAACUCCACCUCCUCCUCCAUGUCGUUCCACCUCUCUGCCACCGUCACCUGCAUCUGCCCCAGCUGCUGCUCCAUCUCCUACCCCAUCCACAGCUCCGUCUCCAACCCCAGGAUCCACACUCACACAGCUGGAGGACUGCUUCUCUGAACAACUGCACUCUUUGGCCCAGUCGAUCGAUGAGGCCCUUCGCGGUUGGAGCUUAUCAGAGGGUGGAGAGGGCAAGGGCCUGUUGAUGGACCCGGGAGCUCUUCGUGCAGCUGCGGAGAGCACUUGUCUGCCUCGGAGUGCCAGCUCGCUGCUCAUGGCCUUCAGGGAUGUCACUGUCCACAUUGACAGCAAUAGCUCCUACACCAUCUCCUCCGCCACAACGACAACUACAACCUCUCUGGGCAACACAGGGGGAGGAGGAUCGGGCAGCAGAAAGACCUCUCUCAGUGGUGGAGGAGAUGGCCAGUCUAUGGAAGAACCUGAGUUUCCGGCCCCUCCUCCCAGUGAGGAGCUGGAAAUGGUAGAUCCAGGAUCCAGGAGGGGCUCCACAUUGCCAGCUCCAGGAGGAGGAGGGAUGGAGGGGGAGACAGGUUCAGACAGACUGGGGUCCACCUCCACUUCUACCUCUGCUUCCACCUCCAUCUCCACGUCCACCCAGUCCAACCAGCAGCCUGCUCAGAUCUACACCCAGUACCAGCAGUACCACUACACUCAUCCUCAGCAGAUCCCAGGUGGGCCAAGCCCUGAAGCCCUGCAGGCCCUGGUUGUCUCUCUUCCCAGGGAUCGAUGCCAGGAUCCAGCCUCGUGCCGCUCGCCAACCCUGUCCACAGACACACACCGAAAACGCCUCUAUCGUAUAGGACUCAACCUCUUCAAUGUGAACCCAGAAAAAGGCAUCCACUUCCUGAUCACGCGUGGUUUCGUCCCAGAUACAGCCAUCGGUGUGGCUCACUUCCUGCUGCAGAGGAAGGGCCUGAGCCGACAGAUGAUCGGAGAGUUUUUGGGGAACAGCAAGUUGCAGUUCAACCGAGAUGUCCUUGAUUGUGUCGUGGAUGAGAUGGAUUUCUCCGGUAUGGAGCUUGAUGAAGCCCUCAGAAAGUUCCAGGCUCAUGUCCGUGUUCAGGGAGAAGCACAGAAAGUGGAGAGACUCAUCGAAGCCUUCAGCCAGAGGUACUGUAUGUGCAAUCCUGAUGUCGUGCAGCAGUUUCACAACCCAGACACCAUCUUCAUCCUGGCCUUUGCUGUGGUCCUCCUCAACACGGACAUGUACUCCCCCAACAUCAAACCCCAGCGCAAAAUGGGCCUCGAUGACUUCAUACGCAACCUGAGAGUACCCACGGCGGCCCACACUUUGCUCUAG